GUUAUAGAAAGUACAAAAGAAAGACAUUGGAAUUGUGGUAGCAUGGGCGCUAGAGAAGAGUCAGUCUGAGACAGAGGAUAGGCAAGGGUAAAGCCGUAUGGUUGCGUGGCUGCCUAUUCUAUUCUGUAGGAACUGCAGCUUGGGUGUGAGAGAUCUGCCAAGGCUUCCAACUGCGAAACAAUCUGCCCACGAUUUCCACAUUCCUUCCCGAGCGGCGAGCGCUGCUUCCUCCCUCACUUAUUUCCUUUCUUCUUUCCCUUUCCCUUUUUUUUGUGACUAGUUUAUGGUAUAAUUUAAGCUUAUAGGGAGGAGGAAGAUACUUGUUUUGUUUGGUUAUUUAACUUUCUAUAAACAAAAUAGAGGCCCGGUGAGGAAGAGGGCCGGAGAGGCAAUUUUUGGUAUCUGAUCAUACGAUCUUCCUCCCUUCUCAUUUUGUUAGUCUCUCUUCGAUCUGCUUUUCUACGGUCCGGAUCUUCAAUUGCUUCCCUCACUCUCCAUUUUCCCUACAUUCAAACGUUUUGUGAUUUGUGAGUAGGACGGAAAAGAAGGGAAUGAUGGUGAUGGAGAGCGAGAAGAAGUUGUCGGCAGUGUCGGAUGUCGGAGCGUGGGCCAUGAACGUCAUCAGUUCCGUCGGAAUUAUCAUGGCCAACAAGCAGCUCAUGUCUGCCAACGGCUAUGCUUUCUGCUUCGGUUACCUCUCUCUCUCUCUCUCUCUCUCGCAUUUCCCUCUUCUUUUUCGUAUGUUUUAGAUCUCAGAUCUCCCGCCCUCCGACCCUUCACCUCUACCUCGAUUUUUUCCUGUUUUGGCCGCCCCCUCCUACAACUUUAACUGGGUUCCACUUCGCCGUAACCGCACUGGUUGGUCUGGUCUCAAAUGCUACUGGUUUGUCCGCAUCAAAGCAUGUUCCUAUGUGGGAGCUUCUCUGGUUCUCAAUUGUUGCCAAUAUGUCAAUCACAGGGAUGAACUUGAGCCUCAUGCUCAACUCAGUCGGAUUCUACCAAAUUUCAAAACUUAGCAUGAUUCCAGUGGUCUGCGUGAUGGAGUGGAUGCUUCACAGCAAACGGUACUCAAGGGAAGUCAAGACGUCUGUUGUAGUCGUAGUACUUGGCGUAGGUGUUUGCACAGUAACCGAUGUGAAAGUUAAUGCCAAAGGUUUUCUAUGUGCCUGUGUUGCAGUUUUGUCUACAUCUUUGCAGCAGAUUACAAUUGGCUCCCUGCAGAAGAAGUACUCAAUUGGAUCAUUUGAAUUGCUGAGUAAGACUGCCCCAAUUCAGGCCCUCUCUCUUCUCAUUCUUGGCCCAUUUGUUGACUACUACCUUACCGGCAGAUUUAUUACAAACUACCAGAUGUCUUCUGGUGCCAUUUUUUUCAUACUUCUUUCAUGCUCCCUAGCAGUGUUCUGUAAUGUGAGCCAGUACCUAUGCAUUGGGCGCUUCUCAGCUGUCUCCUUCCAGGUUUUAGGUCACAUGAAAACAGUGUGUGUCCUCACACUGGGGUGGCUACUCUUCGAUUCAGCAAUGACUUUCAAGAACAUCAUGGGGAUGAUUCUUGCUGUCGUCGGUAUGGUAAUUUAUAGUUGGGCUGUGGAGGUUGAAAAACAGUCAAACACGAAGACAGCCCCCCAUUCGAAAAACAGCAUGACAGAAGAGGAAAUCCAACUUUUGAAGGAUGGAGUGGAGAGUGUUCUUGUGAAGGAUGUUGAACUACUUGGUGAAUCUAAAGGAUAGGCUGCCCUAUUUUUCGCCAGCAAGGAAGGAGAGAGUGAACGAGGGGAAGGAAGAUAUUAUUUGUGGCUAGGGAUUACAGGUAUUUUUAUGCGUUUCAAUUCAUUUUAGUUUGUAUUGCUUUUACUUUCUGGCAGCAAGACUUGAUAUUCCAUCUGCUGGCCAUCACACAAAUCCAUCUUAGAAAUUGCCUCAUGGCUUCUUUGAUUUUAGCGUCCCGGUCUUCUGAAUUAUUUCUUUUUGUACUUGUAUGUGCGAAGAUCCGGAGAUAAAAUCAUCAUGAGACAAUUGAAAAUGUAAAAUCCAUAUUAUAAUUGAAUGCGCAUAAUCUAUUUAUUUAUUUAUUCA